UGCGUAAGCAACCUUGCUGGGGAAGAAAGAAAAUGGCUUGUAUUGAGUUUUCUUUUCAUGUGCCAAGCCUGGAGGAGCUUGCUGAAGUUUUGCAGAAGGGCCUGAAGGCCAACUUUGCUGAUGUUCAGGUCUCUGUUGUUGACUGCCCAGAUUUAACAAAGGAACCAUUUACCUUUCCUGUAAAAGGCAUCUGUGGGCAAACUAGAAUUGCAGAAGUAGGAGGUGUGCCUUACUUAAUGCCUCUUGUAAACAAAACAAAAGUUUAUGACCUAAACCAGAUUGCAAAAGAAAUAAAGCUGCCUGGAGCGUUUAUCCUUGGAGCAGGGGCAGGUCCAUUUCAGACGCUUGGAUUCAAUUCUGAGUUCAUGCCAAUUGCUCAAACAGCAAGUGAAAACAAACGUCCUGUGAAUGGAAGUUACUUUGCCCGAAUUAACCCUGGGGAUGGCAGUUGCCUGCUGGAGAAGUACAGCCAAAAAUACCACGGCUUUGAAUGCGCACUAUUGGCUAAUCUUUUUGCCAGCGAAGGCCAACCUGGCAAGGUCAUUGAGGUACAAGCCAAGAGAAGAACGGGACAGCUCAAUUUUGUGGCGUGCAUGAGGCAGACUCUAGAGAAGCAUUAUGGAAACAAGCCUGUGGGAAUGGGAGGCACCUUCAUUGUGCAGAAGGGGAAAGUCAAGGCCCACAUCAUGCCAGCAGAGUUUUCUUCGUGCCCGUUGAACUCAGAUGAAGCUGUCAAUAAAUGGCUACAUUUUUAUGAGAUGAAGGCUCCCUUGGUUUGUCUGCCAGUUUUUGUCUCCAAAGACCCGGGGCUUGACUUGAGACUGGAACACACUCAUUUCUUCAGCCAUCACGGAGAAGGAGGGCAUUACCACUACGAUACUACCCCAGACACAGUGGAGUAUCAUGGCUACUUCACACCUGCACAGUUCCUCUAUCGAAUUGAUCAGCCCAAAGAGACCCAUGCGUUUGGGAGAGAUUAAAGCGGCCGAUGCUUGCUUAGAAGAAGAAAUAAUUAGCUAAGGUAGAAUCACUAACGCAGCAACUGAUACUAAUUCCAAAACCCAGUACAGGGACAGGGAGAGCGCUUCCCUAGCAAGCCAACCCCAGCUGAAUCCCCAGCACAGAAGGGACAGUGCAGGCAAUGUGUGGCAUCUGAAGCGCAAGGGUAUGGGUUCGUGACGUUCAUAUCUUGCAUCUUCAUGUGAAGGAGGUUAUUGGGAACAAAGACAGCUAAUUAGGCAUACCUCUUGGUCCUUAAACCUCACCUUACGCCAGGGCCCCAACAGGGACUUAGCGGGAUGAUGGGGAAGAUGUGGGAAGAUGUGAGAACCCUGAGACCUGCUUGUUACUUUUCCCAAUGUGACUACAUCCAAGAAAUCUUUUCAUGCUUUUCAAAACAAUGGCACUAUGGCUGUGUAAUGGUGGUUAGUGCGUGGUGAUGGUUAGAAAACUCCGUGAUGCUCUGCACUAUAGAACCCGUGAUCAUGAUCCAGAAAUCAACUCUCCAACCUGGAUAACAUUGACGAGGGGAGGGUUCAGGAACGCCCUGGAAUUAAGCCGUAAAUGUUCUGAUUCUUUAUAAUGCACGUGUUUUGCGAGUUUAAAUUCCCAAAUUAUUUUCAAAUAAACAUGAUUUUGAGGCAAAACUGAAUAAA